CAGCGGCGACGAAGCCGAGGCACGCGCCUCAAUGCGCUCACCGUCCGUGCCAUGAGCGGCGUGCCGCUGCUGCUCGCCUUCGCGGCUGCCUUGCUCCCGCAACUCAACCAUGUCGCGGGCGCCGGCGGUGGUGGCAUGUUCGGAGACGUCAAUAUAUCGGCCAUUUUGGACUCAUUUAGUAUAAGUUAUGAUAAAAGAGUAAGACCAAACUAUGGAGGACCACCCGUGGAAGUAGGGGUUACGAUGUACGUGCUCUCCAUCAGCUCUCUGUCUGAAGUGAAAAUGGACUUCACCUUGGAUUUCUACUUCAGACAAUUUUGGACAGAUCCACGAUUGGCUUACAAGAAAAGACCUGGAGUAGAAACUUUAUCAGUUGGCUCUGAAUUUAUUAAGAAUAUUUGGGUACCUGACACGUUCUUUGUAAAUGAAAAACAAUCUUACUUUCACAUAGCAACAACUAGUAAUGAAUUUAUUCGUAUCCAUCACUCUGGUUCUAUUACCAGAAGUAUAAGGUUAACAAUCACAGCUUCAUGUCCCAUGAAUCUCCAGUACUUUCCAAUGGACAGACAAUUAUGUCAUAUAGAAAUCGAGAGUUUCGGGUACACAAUGAGAGAUAUUCGAUACCAUUGGAAAGACGGGCUAUCAAGCGUCGGCAUGAGUAAUGAAGUGCAACUACCACAGUUCCGAGUACUUGGUCAUCGGCAGCGAGCUACAGUUGUAACUCUCACCACAGUCGGCUACACCAUGCGAGACAUCCGAUACAAAUGGAACGAGGGGCCCAACUCUGUGGGUGUUUCGAAUGAGGUGUCGCUGCCGCAAUUCAAGGUGCUCGGUCAUCGACAGCGAGCAAUGGAGAUCUCACUCACCACAGGAAAUUACUCAAGAUUAGCUUGUGAAAUACAAUUUGUUCGGUCAAUGGGCUAUUACCUUAUUCAAAUCUAUAUUCCAUCUGGUUUGAUAGUUAUCAUAUCUUGGGUAUCAUUUUGGUUGAAUCGUAAUGCGACUCCAGCGAGAGUAGCUUUAGGUGUGACCACCGUUUUGACAAUGACUACACUAAUGUCCUCGACUAACGCCGCUCUGCCGAAAAUAUCUUACGUCAAGUCAAUCGAUGUAUAUCUGGGAACAUGUUUCGUCAUGGUCUUCGCAAGUUUAUUAGAAUACGCGACGGUGGGAUAUAUGGCAAAAAGAAUACAAAUGAGAAAACAAAGAUUUGUUGCAAUACAAAAAAUUGCUUCAGAAAAAAAAUUACCCGUUGAUUGUCCACCGGUAGGGGAUUCCCAUACGCUGUCUAAAAUCGGUACAAUGAGUAGAUGUCCUACGGCACGACCAUCGGAGGUACGUUUUAAAGUCCACGAUCCCAAAGUCCACUCGAAAGGCGGUACAUUGGAGAAUACAAUCAACGGAGGCAGAACUAACGAAGAGGACAAUCCAGGGCCGCCCCCGCAUAUUCUUCACCCUGGCAAGGAUAUAAGCAAACUUCUGGGAAUGACACCAUCAGACAUCGACAAAUACUCUCGCAUCGUGUUCCCAGUUUGUUUUGUUUGCUUUAAUCUUAUGUAUUGGAUCAUUUACCUGCACGUGUCAGACGUCGUGGCUGACGACUUGGUUCUUCUGGAAGAGGAUAAAUAGA